AUGGCGGGCGGCGUGCUGCUGCUCUGCCUGCUGCUGGGACACACACACACAUACACACACUGCCACACCUGGAGGCCCUGCACAGACCUGCUGCCUCUGGACCUGCUGGCCAGAGUCCUGCCCCGCCCAGGACAAGCCCCGCCCACUCAGGUGCGGAUCGUUCAGUCCAGAGGGUCCAGAGGCCUCCGAUUGGCCGGUGCCUCGACAACAGCGCUGAGUUUCCCUGCCUCCCAGAUCUUCACCAACUGUGAUUUCUUCCCUGAAGAGUUUUCAUUGGUCGCCACCGUCAAGACGUCCGGACUGAGCGCCAGGAGUGAGUACAUUCUCUCCCUGGUGGAGGAGGCAGCUGAUAGGCUGUUGCUAGGGUUACGUGUCUCGGAGGACCGGCUGGACUUCCUGGUCACGCCCCCCGGUGCCGGGAGGCGGAGCCGUCUGAGCUUCAGGGACGUCCGAUUGGCCGAUGGCGGCUGGCACACGCUGACGCUGGCCGUGAGCGGCCCGCACGCCACACUGACCGUGGACUGUGGCAUCGCCGUGGAGACCGUGGCGGCGGCGGCGUUCCCCGGCGCUCUGAGCACGCGAGGCUGCAGCUUCUUCAUCGGCAGCAGGAGGAAGAGGAGGAGGGGCCGAUUCUCUGGUCUACUCCGUCAGCUGGUUCUACUUCCUGGCUCCGACGCCUCUCGGAGACUCUGUCCGACCUCUGACCCCGAGCUGGCCGAGCUGUCCGUCCCCGGCGUCCUGGCGUCCACGCCGCCCCAGCCCGGCGGCGGCCCAGUGACGGGGCCGGCGUACGAGGCGGAGCUACGGGUGGGCCCGGCCCCGCCCCCCUGCUCCGGGACACAGCAGGGCCAGCUGUGGUUCAGCCCCGAGAGGAGAGGCCUGUUCAUCUGCACCGCCAACACCUGGAUCCCCCUGCUGCAGAACCAGCAGCGCCUGGAUUAUGUGGAGGACUACCAGGACGUGUACACCAGCUCGGAGACGUUUGACGUGGAGGUGUUCCCCGUCCCGUCUGAGGGCCUGUUCAUGGCCACGGCCAACAGGGACUCACGGCCCGGCUCCGGCAUUUACAGAUGGAGGGCAGGACGGUUUGAGCUGUACCAGAACAUCAGCACGCAGGAGGCCCGCGCCUGGAAACACUUCACCAUCGAUGACAAGCUCUUCCUGGUCGUUGCUAACUCGCGGGAGUCAGAGCGCGAGCUGUCCGUCAUCUACCUCUGGAGUGUGCGGCGGCGGCGGUUUGUGCGUUACCAGACACUGGAGACGCACGCCGCACUGGACUGGGAGGCCUUCCGCAUCCUCAACGACAGCUUCCUGGUCGUGGCCAAUCACAGACGAGACUCCAACCACAACAUCCACAGUGUCAUCUACAGGUGGAACCCCCACACCCAGCUGUUCGAGGUGAACCAGACUCUGGCGACCUCGGGGGCGUAUGACUGGGAGUUCUUCAGCGUGGGACCGUACCACUUCCUGGUUGUGGCAAACACCUUCGACGGUCUGUCCACCAGCAUCAGCUCCACCGUCUACGUGUGGGUGGACGGCUGCUUCCAGCGCUUCCAGGACAUCCCGACGGAGGGCGCAACGGACUGGGAGAUGUUCCAGAUCGACGGCAGGUACUUCCUGGCGGUGGCCAACAGUCAGAAGGUUGUGGAUCGUGGCCCGAGUCUCUACAGCAUCAACUCCACCGUGUACGAGCUGAACCGGCUGACGCAGAGCUUCAUCCGCUUCCAGGACAUCCCCACCCACAGUGCUGUGGACUGGGAGUUCUUCACAGUUGGAGAGCAAAAGUUCUUGGUGGUGGCGAACUCUCACGACGGCAGCUCUUACUCUCUGAACAGUGUCAUUUACAGAUGGCAGGGAUACGAGGGCUUCGUCCCCGUCCACAGUCUGCCCACGUUCGGCUGCAGAGACUGGGAACACUUCAGCACCGACGAGGGAGCCUUCCUCAUCUACUCCAGCGCCACGUCCAGACUGAGCAAGGUGUUCAAACUCAAGACCUACUGAGACACCGCGGCCCUGUGCAGGGAUUCAAACCGAAGACCUGUUGAGACACCACGGCCCUGUGCAGGGAUUCAAACCAAAGACCUGCUGAGACACCACGGCCCUGUGCAGGGAUUCAAACCAAAGACCUGCUGAGACACCGCGGCCCUGUGCAGGGAUUCAAACCAAAGACCUGCUGAGACAGUGAG